AUGGUGCGGGGCGCGGGGGGUUGCUGGGCGUUGGGCAGCGUCACAUGGCGGAACGAGUCAGGGGCCAGCGGCUCCGCGGCCCCCCGCCACCUCCCGGCCCGGGCUGCCAGAGCCUGCUCCCUGGGGCCGGCCAGCACCAGCUCCCCAGCCAAGGGGAGGGGGGCGGAGAGCUGGGGCGGGGCGAGGAACCCCGGGAAGGAUCCGCGUAGUUUCCCCGAGAGGAAAUCUCCGCUGCCGCCCCGCAGGAGGAAACCAGGGGGGCAGAAGGGAAAGUGUAGCCUUCGCGCGCCCGGCGGCUGCGGAGGCCGGUGCCUGGCGCACCGCCCGUCCGGGAGGGCGCCCCCAACAGCGCGCCAAGGACCGAGCAACCUGGGCGCCUUCCACGCCUGGGUCCCCGCCCAGGAGACGGCUCGGAACCCCGGGCCCGGCCCGCGCUGGCCCGGUGCCAGCCUCGCCCCGGCUGCAGGAGGAGCGCAGCCGGUGCCCGUGACGCACUUUGGAGCCAGCGCAGCUCGCGGAGCCCGGCGCCCCCGGGGAGGCGCCAAGACCGAGGCGGGGCCGCGGAAGCUGGUGGAAGAGGAGCGAACUGCUUGGCCCGAACUCGGGGAACCGAGGCGCCGGGUGAGGGUACCUGCGGCCCGAACCCGCGGCCGCGCGGAGCGUCAGGGCCCCGCAGCGCCGGCGGGAGGGAGCAGGGCUCGGCGGGCGGGCGCCGGGCACAGAGUGUUCCCGAACACCGCGUGGAGGCCCUGCCAAGUUCUCGGCGGGCUGACGCGGAAACGUAGAUAA